AUGAGCACGUGGGUAGUGACUGACGACACGCCCACAGCUACCGUGGUUUGGAUGGCUGCCGAACAGAUUGGCAAGGCCCAGAACCACGAACAGCUUCAGAAGAUCUGCGACUACCUUGUCAACAAACAUUGGUUCCAGACUGCGGGGGAUUUAAGAAGUGCUCGACACGAAACUAUCGAAUGGCAAGCGCUUGAAGUACCAGGGCGUCUAAAGCUUGCAAUUCAACAGGUGUUGGAUCAAUCGACAGUUCACGAGUCGGUGCCAAACUACGGAUACGAAGACUACUACGCAGCAGUUCGUCCUUCACAAGAGACAGGAAGUGAAAACACAACUCAAGAGUGGACAGAGGCUUCAACUGGUUAUGGCUCUGCAGAAAGAGCUGACCAGACAACGACAAAUUACUACAACCCAAGUGACUACGGCUAUUCUUCCACAGGCUCGACAGCAGCGCAUUACGACUAUAACCACGCUGCCUAUUCCGCAAUUGACAGCCCGCCCUCUUACGAAGACAGCACAGGUUACGAGAACUACUACAGCAAUUAUGACAAUGGAGAGGCAGCGACUACCUUGCUGAGUUUGCAUGGAGGCAUGGAGCAGUCUCAGGGCGAUGAAAGUGAUGUUGUUGAAGCGCACGCCGUCGAAGCGGAGAUUGCUGAAGAGUGUGAAGAGAGUGAAUUGGCUCCAGACCAAUCAUCGCACGCUGUAGCGCUUGGCGAGCCAUCCCAACGAGACAUCAGCGAAACUAGCGGGACUUGGAGCUGCGGACAGUGCACGUACCUGAACCCGAUGACCUCGUCGUUCUGUGAGAUGUGUGUCGGCCACAUCUCGCUGUCCCCCAACGUGAAGACAACAGCAGGCACCAGUGUUUCUGCCUCAUUGCUGAUCCCAGCCAAGACGAUGGUUGAUGUAGCGAUGAACUCACCGAAGAUAGAGAAUUUGAUUGCUCAAUCUUCGCCGAGUGUGACCUGCAUGAUGCCCCCAAUAGGCUCAUUGUAUCCUCCGUCAGCACCGGACUUUGAGGGCUCUGAAGAUGAACCGGUAGAUACAACUCCGCUCCCACCACCGCCCCCAUAUCCAGGCACUAGUAGCUGUGGUAACGUAGACUUCCUGGCUCUUGCCUUCAGUGGCAGUAGUGCUCCCAAAACACAAGUGACACCUCGCCCUUCACCCACAAGUAAAAGCUCUCAAAUGCGACGUGAAGAGGCCACCACUGAGUACACAUUCUAGGACAAUUCCAUGAUCAUAGGCCAAGAUAAACUAAAGCAUAGCAAAAGAGUAAAACAACGUUGUC